AUGUGGAACCCGCAGCCAGGAGUGUUCCCAACACGGGGAGCUGUGACCCUGGGGGUCACUCGGGAUUAUCCAGCGCGGAUCGUCCAACGGGAGGUGGAACUGGAGCGGGGCACGGAGCUGGUCCCGACCCGGGGCACUGCGGGAUCCGCGGGCAGCAACACGUGCUCCUCCUGCUCCAUCCCUCCUCCUGCUAUCCGGCUGUGCCCUCACGCAGCCCGGGGGGCCCUGAGAGCUCGUGGUUGUGGCGCGCUGAUUGGUGGGAGCGGGGCGGGGCAGGGCCCCGGGGGCGGGCUGAGGGCAGCGGUUGCUGGAAGCGCCGCCAUUGUCCGAGCCUGUGUGCGGUCCCGGGAGCGGCGGCGGCGGCCGGAGCGCGGUGAGGCGGCGGCGGAGCUCGGAGGCGGCCGCAGCGCAGGAUUGCCCAUUGCCAACUCCAGGGAGGCUGCGAGGAAGAGGAAGAUGCCCCGGGACACUGAGGCAGAGCAGGAGCUGAGCAUGGAGAGCAGGGAGGACAAAUGCCCGCGGCAGAACCUGGUGGAAGAGGCCGUUUUGAGCGGCUCCACGGCGCAGGAAGCCAACGGGGAGGAAAAGUCCCGGAGAUGCCGCACGAGGAGGGGCUGCAAACGCAGCCGGCGGGGAUCUGAGGGGGAAAGAGCCAGCCUGGGCCGGGAAGGCGGCCGGAGACGGAGCCAGAGCUCGGAGCUGGUGCUCCAUGAUCAGCUCCAUGAUGGGGAGAAGACCCACACGUGCAAGAAGUGUGGGAAGAGCUUCAGGUGGAACUGCGACCUGAUCAGGCACCAGAGGAUCCACACUGGGGAGAAGCCCUACCAAUGUGGAGAGUGUGGGAAGAGCUUCACAGAGAGCUCCAGCCUGAUCAAGCACCAGAGGAUCCACACUGGUGAAAGGCCGUACAAGUGUUCCGAGUGUGGGAUGUGCUUCAGCCAGAGCUCCGAACUGAUCAGGCACCAGAGGACCCACACUGGGGAGAGGCCCCAUGAGUGUUCCAAGUGUGGGAAGAGGUUUAAGACCAGCUCCCAUCUCCUCCGGCACUAUCGGAUUCACAGAGAGGAGAGGCCUUUCCGCUGCCCUGACUGUGGGAAGGGAUUCAAGGACAACUCCACCCUCGUCAAGCAUCGGCGCAGCCACACUGGGGAGAGGCCCUACGAGUGUGAUAAAUGCAGGAAGAGGUUUCUGACCAGCUUCAUUCUCCUCCAGCACUAUCGGAUUCACACAGAUGAGAGGCCCUUCCGCUGCCCCGACUGCGGGAAGGGAUUCAAGGAGAACUCCACCCUCAUCACCCACCGGCGCAUCCACACAGGGGAGAGGCCCUAUGAGUGUCCCCAGUGUGGGAAGAGCUUCUCACAGAGCUCUAACUUGACCAACACCAACGGAGGCACCACUAAGGGAAGCCCUACGAGUGCCCGAGUGCGGCAGAGGUUCGUGCGCUGCUCCAGCUCAUUGCCCACUGGAGGAGGGACCCCCGGGAGCCGCCCCGGGCUCGGGCGGGUCCUGCGGGAGGCGCUGGAGAGAGCGGGGGAGGCGCUGGGAGAGGACGGGGGGCUCCGGGAGCUGCUGAGGAGGCGCAGGGACAGGUGA